UUUAUUGGAUUAUUAGAGGAUAGAUACGGGUUAGGGAAAGUAGGGGUCAAGAGGGGAUUAUUGGGGUUUGGGUGAGGGGAAUUAGAGGAUUUUGGAUUUUAGAGGAGUCGGGCUCUUAGAGAAAUGGGUUGUGAGGAUUUUGAGGGAGCAUGAAGACUUCUGUGAGGCUCUUUAUUAAUUUUGGAGGAUUUUGAAAGGUUCUUAGAGGCGCCAAGCAUAUUUAUGAUGAGUCUUUCAGGAGUUCUAAAGUUUUUGGAGGUCCCAAUCGACAGGUUUUGAGGUUUUGUUCAGGAGCUGCUUAUUAAUAAUCUAAGUCAAGAAAAACCACUGAGAAAGAAACUUCGAGCAAGUUUUAACUUCUUCUGUAGAGAUGAGCUGGAUGACUUCUCCUCCGUUUUCCUUGGUUCCAUCACUCCAGUUGAUAUAAAGAAGGAGAAAUAAUCUAGCUCAUCUCUACAGAAUAAGUCAAAACUUGCUUGAAACUUCUUUUUCAAUGGGUUUUUUUAUUGAUAGGACUAAUUGGCAGAUCCUUAUGAAAAUCUCAAAAUCUUCUAUUUGAGUCCUCCAAGAACUUUGGAACUCUCUAAAGACUGACCAUAGAUGAACUUUGAGCCUUUGAAAGUCUGUUUAAGGCCUCCAAGAGUAAGAAGGAACCUCACAGAAGCUAUCAUAUUUGCUCAGGAUCUCUGUGAAUCAUUUUUUUUGGAUUCUGAUUUCUUUGAAAUUUAUUUUACUUUCAAUAUCCAAUAAAUUUCC